CGUUCACGAGCUGAGCGCGCGGAAAUCCAACGACCGCGGGGCGCACUGUGGCACAUCUGUCCGUUCGACGCAUUAACUAACUAUCGCACCGGAUGCACAGUGCAACCCACAUCGUACCGGGACAUGUACGAAGAUACUGCAUCUGGCAUUCCAACGCUUCGACUGCCAAUCCAAAGAACGGACGAACAUCCAGGAAUAUCCAACGCAGCAGGCCCCAGCAGAGCAGCCAGUUGGAGGGGUGCGGCAGACCCGACCCUCAGGAACCGCAGAACCUUGGCAUCAGCACGAGACCUACCUGCCUAGCACCUACAUACCCCUCUCGAUCACCACCCCACCUACAAACGAAACUCAGGGUCCAGAUAACCAGGAAAGUACCCAAGUAUGUAAUCUAUCCAUCUACAUACACCAAAAGCACGUACAUGAUUCCUCACCUUGCCGGGGUCUGUUUGCUGACACGAAGAGCAACCGUAGCCGCGCCAUGCCAUGACACACCCACCCACUCCUUCGUGAGGGGAAAAGCGAGUGGAAGCGUGGUUCGCCAGCGGAAGAGGAAAAAAAGAGAAGCUCUAGAGUGGAGUCGAGACGUGGGGCUCAGUUGCUAUGAUAAGUCUGGAGCAAUCUCGAACACACAGCCUCACCGCCAGAACAGCGCCUUCACGACGUUUCCAACCACCCAGAAAUCUCGGCCUUCGACCACCCCGCACACCGACGAAUAUCCCCACGGUUUCUUGUAUUUCUCUGCGCUAGAGUUGCGUUGUUCCCCUCACCCCCUCCGUCGUGAGAUCCGCUCGCCUGAAGCUGGCGGUCGUGACACGUGUUUUGCAACCACGCCAAAGGGCUUCCGGCAACACAUCCUCAGGAACAGCUGGCAGUCGGUGCGAAUCAGCCUGUGUGUGGUCCGGAUGACACUCGUUCGAAAGGGAAGCCAGCACGAUGCGAUGGCGUGCCGGUAAUGGAGAUGGAGGGUCAUCGAGACGAUGUAUUGAGGGAGCUUUCCCUCUACCGUGGACCUGGAGCUGUCGGCCCUGCCGGCAGUCCGCUUUGGUGAUCGACGAACUGCCGCCGCCGCGUGUCAGUAAUAGCAGAGUUAGCGGAUGGAUAUUCAUUCGGUGCUAUCGUAGUCUGGUUGACUGCCGUGGCAGCUGGCUGUGAAUAAAGAGGCUGGUGCAGCCACCAUGUUUUGAA